AUGUAUUCUGCAUGGACAGUUGGUAAACUCAAGGAAGAAUUAAAGAGACGUGGUGGUUCUUUGCGUGGAAGAAAGGCGGACCUCAUAGAAAGAUUGGAGUCCUAUGACAAAAAUUUUAAUUUUGAAAAUGUCGAGCUGUUAGAAGAUGACGAUCCUGGCAUGGUACUCUCUCCAAACGAGUUAUACCGUGAUAACAACAGCAAUACAUCUUUACCUCCACUAAACAAGACUCAUAUUCGACAUUAUUUAUCAUUAUCUCAACUGUUUAGUGGCAGUACAUUCAUACGAGGCAUAUGCAGAAAGACAAUGAAAAAUCUUCACUAUGAAGUCAACAUUAAGCUGGAUGAGCAUGGCAUCAUUUCUGAAGCGCAUUGUGAAUGUCCGCCAGGAAGUGGUAAUGGUGCUACAUGUAAACAUGUAGGUGUUCUUCUGAUGGGUGUGGAGCAUAUGGUCCGUGAUAAAAUGUUUUACUAUUUGAGACUUGCACUCAAAAAUUACAACAAUUUCACGCCCCAAGAAAUCCGUAUACAGGCACACCAAAGUUUGGUCCUGAAUUUCCCAAAUAGCUCCAUGCCAAUGAAGCAAAUGUAUGGCCCUGCAAAUCCAUAUGCUUUGGAAGUAGAUCAUCACUACAGUGCGGUGGCUCCAAAGGAUCAAAUUUUAAAAGAUUUGAUGUUGUCGACCAUCACGGAGGAACAGAUCAACUACACAGAAACAGAACAGGAAAAUUCAAGAAAUUACAAUUAA